AUGGAUAGCAAUGCUAUCGAGACAACUUCGAUACAUUCACAAGAUGCCGACCCAGAUCAAAUAUCUGAGCUCGAGGGCAUACCAGUUAUACCCAGAAAUGAGCAGUCUACCAGCCCGUUCACUGUCAAUCCCAUCCAGACUGUAGUGGCCACGACACAUCUUGUUCCUCAGCUUGACGAUAGUCCAAAUAUCGGAAAGGUGCCACAACUACAUGCCAUAAGAUCAAGCCCAUCUCACGAUGUCCCAAAUAUGGACUGUGAAGCGACCAAAUUUCGACAUUCACCUUAUUCCCUCAACUUCCCUCGGAGCUUCAACUUGCGAUCUGAGAUUUUGCAGCCUUUGUUGAACCACGAACUAUCAAUUUUCGGAUGCGCCGGAUACGCCGGUUCAUGGAUGCGCAGUAUAUGCAUUCCCCAGCACCUUUACCAUCGGUAUUCACCGUAUGUCAUGACUCUAGGAAAGCGGCACAGUCAAGUUACAAAAUGGUAUUCUUAGAAAGAAGGGAUAUCCACAUUCUGUUUAACCCGCCCAUUGAUACCUUGUUGUUCAGAGCCCCAUAUGGGGAGUGCAGCUGCGAGGACCUCAAACAAUGUACUAAAUGGGUGAACUUGGAAGAUGUCAAACACAUCGCUCUGGCGUGUUAUCAUCCCCUAUCAGAUACUACGGGAACGGUACCGAGGCUUCAUAUACUACCGUCGUUGCUCUUCAAAUUUCCUAAUCUCGAAACCUUCUACCGGAUCUUCUUGGAAAUCAGACACUUUACUGGAGAGAAACUUCCCCAGCCAUCCAGAUACAUCGGAAAUAGGUCACGAAAGCCCAAUUGGCCAUAUUUCCAUUGUGAGAGUGAUGCCCGAGACUAUCAUCGCCUUAAAUUUUCUCAUGUAUUGAAUCCUGCUCAAUUCGAGCCCUCAAACCCUGGCUCCACAGAAGUCGAGUCCAUAGUUUCCGCCAGAGCAAGUUAUAAGAGUAUAGGCCUUGCAAUCUACGAAUGGGCGACCUUCACAGAAGUGUUUGAAAAUCACCAGCAGAUCAAUCCUAAAUGGAAAAGACCCGCAUAUCGGAUUGGACACUUGACGAUCAAUGGCGUCCCAUGGUGUCGCAGUUACAAGGAGACGAUUGAAGAAAUUAUAGAGAGAGAAACAUCGUCUUGGAGGGGCAGGUAUCGGAUUUGUGUUAAUCGUUUGAGGUCUUGGCUGCACUCUUGA